CUUCAGAGAAGCAGUUGGUUCUCUGAAGAGCUGUUGUAUUCAGUUGUAUCUGCUAGAUUUGGACUUUUCAAAACCUGUAGGAUUCUCAACUUACAUUGUGUGGGUCUAAAAUUUCCCACAAGAUAAAGUGGUUGAAAUUGAGCAGAACACCAUGGGCAGCCACAUGGAAGAGGACAUUCUGGAAAAGGAUUUCAGGAUAUUAAUAUCUCUAGGGUGUGAUUCAUUCGGGGAGGUGAAGCUGGCCUGCCACCUUCCCACACAUACAAGAGUGGCUAUCAAGGUCCUUGAGAAAAACACCAACAGUGUGGCUGACAUCAGCACUGAAGUGAACAUACUUCAGUCUUUAGAACAUAGGAACAUCGUUCGGUUUUUUCACAUGAUCGACACACUGACAACCACUUACGUGAUUAUGGAAUAUGUGGCAGGAGAAGAUCUGGAGAGCUGCCUCCAGGCACUGGGCUGUCUAAAGGAGGAGGAGGUUAGAGGGAUUUUCUGGCAGGUGGUGUCAGCGGUUCACUUCCUCCACCAGAGACACAUCGCACACCGUGAUAUCAAAUUAGAAAACAUCCUAGUCGAUGCAGCAGGAAAUGCAAAGCUUUGUGACUUUGGUAUGGCAUUUGAAAUCACAGAGGGGCAGAUGUUGGAGGAGAUCUGUGGCUCCUUGCUCUAUUGGGCCCCAGAGAUCUUGGAAAGAAAGCCCUAUGAUGGACUGGCAGGUGAUAUGUGGAGCAUGGGUAUCGUCCGGUAUGUCCUGGUCACAGGGCACUUUCCAUACAUGGAAGAAACCCUUGAAGGUAUGCACAGGGCCAUCACCACCACAAUGUGUCCCAUUCCCUACCAUCUGUCCAAACCCUGUCACUUCAUCAUUGCCCGACUACUCAUGGUCACCACCUGGUACCGAUUCACAAUCUCUCAGCUUGUGGAAAGACCAUGGCUGGGUCCCAUUCAACAACAUGUACUGCCUGCCACCAAAGAAAUCCUGCCCAGGGUCGUGGAGUCUAUGUGCACCAUAGGCUAUACCUGCGAGGAGAUUGUGUCAUCCCUAACUCACAAGCAACAAAAUAAUCAUGUAACGGCCACAUGUAACAUUCUCAAACACCAACUGAGUUGUGGGGACAGCCAUCAACAAGAUCAGAUGCACUGACUAACCAGCAUUUACAAACAGUGAACCAGCAUUUACAACCAGAACACAAUCUCGGAAGAGUCACUUUAAGGAGCAGGGUGGGGAAGAAAGAGGUGAAACAUGCAGAAGCCACAGCAUGCCUCACAGACUCUCCUUCCUGGAGGUGCUGUCCUCUUCAGACAACACAGUCCCAGAAAGAGAUGCUCUUGUGGCUGACAUAAUCAACACUGCUGCAGAGGACAUUGCAGUCAACAGGAAUUCUGUUGACCACCUGCCUAGCAAUCUCUCCUCCCCUGAGUCAGUCUUGGAUGAAACACCCACAGGAUUUCUGAACCUGAGCUUCUCUGAAGAAGAUUCAUCCCAGGAGCCAGACAUUCCCAGUGACCAGCCCCAGAUGGCACCCACGACAUCUGGAUCCAGGCCAUUCAGGGUCUGGAAACUGGUGAGGAAGGGAAUUUCCCAUGCACUUAGAGCACUGUACUGCUGCUGCUGCUGCUGCUGCUGCUGCUGCUGCUGCUGCUGCUGCUGCUGCUGCUGCCUGCCCAC